AUGACACCUUCACUCGAACGCGUUUUCACAAUGAGGAUGUAUACGUCCCCGGAGAAGGCCCUCGUCAUCCCAGAAGCCAAGGGUAACAAUCAUCGCAUCAUCGCCUUCUUGACGCACGGCCACAUCAAGGGGAGUGGCCUCGAGGCAGAGCUUCUCCCUGGUGGCGCCGAUUGGAUCUUGCGUGAUCCUGAUACAAACACCGGACAUCUUGACGUCCGAGUCCAAUUUCGAUCGAAGGAAGGUCAUGGUAUUUACAUCCACUUCAAGGGUGUUCUACAGAUUGAUGAAAAGUGGAUGGAGGUUUUCACUGGGGGACCGAAGGCUCGAACACUUGAGUUUGGAGAGAAUGAGUGGCUUGGAUCUCCCAUUAUUGAGACUAGCCAUCCUGGCCUGAAAUGGGUAGAGCGCUCCGCUUUUGUCAGUGAGCUGCGCUGGUUUAUCGAUGGGGAUGGGUCUGUCGCGGUUGAGAAUGCUGUUUACCAGGUCAAGCCGAGCGGAGUAUGA